GGCAAAGAGGAAGAUCUAUUCCUAGUUCGUCCACCGGUAUCUGGAAGAAAAAUUCUUUUCCUCGGGGAGAAGGAGGAUUCAUACACCAUGACCAUGCCGUCCGUGGCAAUCGUACUCUGCCUGUUGGGGCUUGCAGGGACGGGCUGCCUCGCCGCUCCCAAAGCAGGCAGCAGUGUCCAGAAGAAGACGAAGGAUGAUGUCGACAGCAUCCAGACGCUGGAGAAGAUCAUGGACGAGAAAAUCGAAGAGAUAACAGGAACCGUCAAAAAGCUGGGCAAACAGAUGGACGACAUGAACGACAAGAUUGAAGAUCUGGAGAAACGGGCGGACGGAGAUAGCUCAGAAGAAAAAGCCCCCCCUCGCCGUAGACCCCCACAUCCGAAGAAGAAAUUCAAGGAAAGCAAUGGAACAAUGGAAGGUCCCCCACGAAGACGUGGAGACGGCGGUCGAAAACGAGGUGGUUGGGGUAGAGGCAGGAGCAAAGAUGGACCGAAGUCAUCAGAGGAGACCGAUGACAGCUCAGAAGAACGCUCCAGCGAGGAAAGCAAGGAGAAACGGCGCAAACAUCCACAAAAACGAUGGUGGGGACGGAAGGGAGAAGACGACUCUGAGGAUGACGAUUCGGAUGGCGGGCGUGGUAAUAUUUUUGGUAGACUGAUGAACUUCCGCCGUGGUGGGUGGGGGCAGAAUCGGUUUUCGGGCCGACAGGGAGGGGAUGAUGAGAGGGGACAGGAUAGGGGCCAUAUGGGAGGUGGCUGGGGUGGUUGGGGUAGAGGUGGUAAAAAGGGGUCUAUGAGGGGCCGUGAUGAAGAAAGUGACCAAAAUGGUCGAGAUUUUUGGAGGGGUUAA